GCAGUUUAGCUUGAUAGUCGAUAUAUCAAAAUCAAGUAGUUUCCAGGUAUUUAUUGAGUGUCAUAUAACAGCCAACUAUUUCAACAGCUGUUCGAGCAACGAUAAAAUGAACCCAAAUCUCUUGUUUAUACUUUUGCUCUGCGCCGCGCACGGUCAGGCGGAACUCUCCGGACUACUAAGUGCCCUGCAGUAUUUCGGACUAUUUGGGACGGCGGAUUCCCUGGGAAUUUCCCGUGGCCAGUGCCAUUAUAGCUUCAAGACAUUUGCCCUGCUGGAGGAGCGACGCAUGUGUGCGCCGGAUGAUGAGCACAUCCUGCACCUGAAUCAGCUGCCUCCGGUGCGAAAGCCACCAAUUAUGAUCAAGUGCCUGCAGCGGGAACCAGAAAAUGAGACAGCAACCGAGCCGAGACUGCUGAUAAUGCGAAGUGCCAAGGAGAUAUUGAAUCUGCUAAAGCCCGUGGGCAAUGCCACCAAGCGCCACGAGCCGGGCAAUUGUGUGGUUGUCCACUUCUGCACCGCAACCAGCUUGGAGUGCGCUCGUGUCGCUCCGGUGGUAAAUCUGCUGCCCCAUUUCUUUCCCACGCUGUCCAUCGCCUAUGUGGACGCCUAUGAGUUUGGUCGCUUAAAUGCCGAGAUCGGUAUCGUUUCGCUGCCCACACUGAUGAUAUUCCACCAGGGCAGGCCGCUAAUCAAAUACGAUCCAUCGUGGAAGGACUCGGAGAAGCGCAGCUUUGCCAGGUUCAUUAUGCGUCACACCAAUGUGAAGACUGUCGAUCCACAGGCCAUUGAUCCGGCCAUCGUCCUUCGCUCAGAGACCGAGCCGCUGUCCAAUAAACCCAUUGUGGAGACGGAUUACUAUUUGGGCCUCGCUUGGGCCUUUAUACUGGCCUGCCUUGCCAACUACCUGCGUCAGACGGUCUUCUGGAAGCAGCUGGUGGAGAUGGUGCAGCGCAAUUGGCGGGAAUCGGAGGAGACGCAAAUGGAGAUGGUGGACUAGUCAGUUAUUAAGUUUAGUUCUCAAUUAGUCGCAUAAGUAGAACACAUUGGAUUUACUAUUAUAAUGUAAUUACCAUUUAAUUAAAUUCACAUCAACAUUUA